AUGGCAGAUACGACAUCCAAGUGGAACGCCGCUACCAAUUGGCAUCUCAGGUGUCCUAGCGAGGAACUGAGGCUGAACAUUGCCAGUACCACUCCGACAAUAUACUCCAAUAUCUGCAUGUCUUGGCAACCCGGGCGCACUAGCGACACGGAAGGACGGCCCCGGAUGCCCCCCGGUAUCCCAGACGCCGCGUACGACGCCAACACCAACGGCAACGGUGGCCCGUACUUGCACCAGCACAACGAACAGCACCGGGACCCAGACGUGGCUCGCCAAGACAGGCUGCGCUGUCCAGUGUUACCAGACCGCCAGCUGCGUGGCAGAUAA